GGCAUUGUGAAAAGCGGCGCGCGCACGCGUGUUUUUCGCGGCGAUACGAUCGCGCUCGCGACAAAUUCGCGUUUCGAAAUGCAGUGAACGUGUUGUUGUUACGAUGGAAGCGUUGACCUCGGAGAUCUUUUGCACAGUGAAAUGAAUGGGAAUGCAGUGAUGGAAUGUUUGACAAGUGUUGGUGCUUUAAAAACAGUGAAAAUGUUAGUGUUGUCCAACAUGUUCCGGGGGCAAAGCCAAAUCGGUCCCAAAGUCACUGAACCGGAGAAGGUCGAUACCGAUACCCACGUACCGAGAGUGAAGCAGCGGACAAAAACUAUAGACGACGUCACGCACGGUGUAGACAAUAAGUCGGUGCGCCGCGAAAAGUGCCUUUCUAAUAGCGUCGACGCAAUAGUCAUGCGCGAAGACGUCAAAAGCAAAGUGAUAUGUAGUGCCAAAGGUUUAUUAGAAACAAAUUUAGAUGAUUUGUUUUGUGAUGAACAGAGUGACCGCUGGGAUUCAAAGUUUGGUGCUAGCGAGCCGACUUUGAGUUCUGGCGAGGCGGAUUUUAAGGGGUUGAGUAAGAGGGGAUCCCUUGUGUCAGGAGAUGACAGUGAGGUGGAUUCUGCUACGGAUAGUGAUUGCAUGGAUGAAGUGGUUCGCGAGCAAAGGGUAUGCCUCGGUGCUAGGCGCUUCGGGCAUAUGCUGAGGAGGGUCAUAUCUAGAAAUGUGUUCCCCAAUGUACCGGCCGCGCCAGGAAUGCCAUGCGCUGGAGAGGAUAGGAGCAUAUACAGAAGAGGAGCGAGGCGGUGGCGGAAGCUCUACCGAGUCAAUGGACACAUCUUCCAAGCGAAAAGGUUUAAUAGACGCGCCUUCUGUGCCUUCUGCCAGGAUCGGAUAUGGGGCCUCGGGCGGCAGGGCUUCAAGUGCAUCCAGUGCAAGCUGCUGGUGCACAAGAAGUGCCACAAGCUGGUCCAGAAGCCGUGCUCCAACGAGCACGUGGACCCGGUCGAGGUUAAGGAUGACGCUAACGGGGAAAGCACGCUCGGACGGGCCUCUUCUGUCAGGUCGAGGGCAGAGCCCGAGCCUCCGCUGCCGGAGACGCCGCCGGCGCCGGCGCCCGCCAGCCUGCUGCCCCGCGAGGACCUCGAGCCAGGCUCGCAGCGCCAGUACUCGCUGGAGGACUUCGAGUUGAUCCGGGUCAUUGGACGCGGGUCAUACGCCAAGGUGCUGAUGGUGGAGCUGAAGCGAACAAAACGCGUGUACGCCAUGAAAGUCAUCAAGAAGGCCCUGGUGACGGACGACGAGGACAUCGACUGGGUGCAGACGGAGAAGCACGUGUUCGAGACCGCCUCCAACCACCCCUUCCUGGUGGGGCUGCACUCCUGCUUCCAGACGCCCAGCCGGCUGUUCUUCGUCAUCGAGUUCGUGAGGGGCGGGGAUCUCAUGUUCCACAUGCAGCGUCAGCGGCGUUUACCAGAGGAGCACGCGCGGUUCUACGCGGCUGAGAUCUCCCUGGCGCUGCACUUCUUGCACGAGCGCGGCGUCAUCUACCGCGACCUCAAGCUUGAUAACGUGCUGCUCGACCAUGAAGGGCACAUCAAGCUCACCGACUACGGCAUGUGCAAGGAGGGCGUCCGACCCGGCGACACGACGUCAACCUUCUGCGGGACGCCCAACUACAUCGCUCCUGAGAUCCUGCGAGGCGAGGAGUACGGCUUUAGCGUGGACUGGUGGGCACUUGGAGUGCUGACGUAUGAGAUGUUGGCUGGACGCUCGCCCUUCGACAUCGCGCAGGCGGCUGACAACCCCGACCAGAAUACGGAGGACUAUCUUUUCCAGGUGAUCCUAGAGAAGACGAUCCGUAUCCCCCGCUCGCUGUCGGUCAAGGCGGCGUCGGUGCUGAAGGGCUUCCUCAACAAGAGCCCGGUGGAGCGGCUCGGCUGCGGCGAGAACGGCUUCCUGGACAUCGUCAACCACCCCUUCUUCAAGAGCAUCGAGUGGGAGAUGCUGGAGCAGAAGCAGGUGGUGCCUCCGUUCAAGCCGCGUCUGGAGGGCGAGCGCGACCUGGCCAACUUCCCGCCCGAGUUCACCGACGAGCCCGUGCACCUCACGCCCGACAACGACACGGUGAUCGCCGACAUCGACCAGUCGGAGUUCGAGGGCUUCGAGUACGUGAACCCGCUCCUGAUGUCGCUGGAGGAUUGCGUGUGACAGCACGCCUGCCUGCUGCACCCCUACCACGACCCAAUGCAGGCGUACGGCUACGGGGGCGGCGGCGGGGAGUCGUCGUCGUCGGACUACGACUCGGUGUGCUCGGAGCUGCCGGCGCGGCGCCCCACGCUGCUGCAGCACAUGUUCUGCCUUCCGCUCAACUGACGCAAGCCGCGGCCGCCUCCGCCCGCGGGACCAAACGCAUUGUCUUAACGCUAUAUUCUAACGGUACGGUGCUUGAGCGGGGAUUUUGUGCCUGGAAACAUUUGGAGUGCACAAAAUCUGUACUCAACAUUUAUGUGAAUCGUUAGAAUAUGUGGUAAGUUUGUGAUCCACUGUUAUAUGUUUCCUUUUUAAUACAUAAAUUGUUUUAUUGAUUUUUUUUUGCUGAACAAAGCAGGUAUUUGACCGCAAUCACACAUGAUAUUAAAUGAUAUGCAGUAUAGGAUGGUACAUACCUGCGCAGUAAAUGCCUAUUAACUCUCACCUUGACGAGACCCGGAUUAUACUGAUUUUUAAUGAAAAUGUACUCAAAGAUACCGGACUACUUUAAACUGUCUAUCAACCAGUAUCAAACCUUUAGUAUUUUAGCCUUUUAUAGAUGAAAUAGUUUCAGUUUCAUUAUCAUAAUAUUUAAAUAUUUGUGAAAGUGGAUCACAGAAUGUUUUUGUGUGGGAGGAGGUGUUCGGCGUACACACCAUGCACCAAACACUAACGUCAAACACAUCACUUUCACCUUGAGCUACAGCAUAGCUUCUAAUAGUCUAUUACUUAUUUACGAGUAUAUUUAAUAUACCCCUUUGAUUUGACAUAUUAAAACCAUUAUGGUAUUCUGUGCUUCUGUAUUUAUAUUACUAGUUCAAUUGUUUUUACCUGACUGCGCCAGGAGGGUUAAGUUUUUAUGUAACACAAGUUAUUAUUGUCAUCACAAUGUUAUUAUUGCGAAGCAAUUAUGUUGUAUUAAGUUAAAUCAUGAAUACAUUAACGAAAGCGGUGUCUGGUGACGAAUAAGUCACUGAUAUGAGUGUAAUUGUGUGAUGCAAGUAAUAUUACAAAAAAAUGCAUAACUUUCAUAUAAAAAUAUACAAAACUGAUUAAAAAAUAAGGUAAAUUUCUUAUUCAAACGCAACACAAAAAUACUCAUUUUACUUGUGUCACACGAUUACACUGCGAGACACAGAAAUUGGCUUCCAAUUUUUAUAAAACAAAAAAAUUAACUAAGUAUUUAAGUGGUGCUUUCAUGCUGGUUCUUUCGUAUUUAAUCGUUCAUUAGUGUAUCGAAGUUAUUAAUUAAAUAUGAGCACGUUUUUUACCUAUAUUUUUCUCUCAUGUGACAUUUAUCACGAUUGUAAAAUAGAAUUCAUUGUUUGCACGAAUACUUCUAAUAUCAAUGUUACUUCUCUGUUUAAGAUUUUCACCGUUCCUCUUUCAACCCACCGAUUUAUUAUAUUAAACAACACUCGCAUGCAAAAAUACACGAAAUCGGCUCUUAUACAAUCCUUCAUUGCCUAUACAAAAAGUUACAUACAAACUUCAUGAAACAAUAUAAACUUAAUAGUGACUGGUUUGAACUAUACAUCAAAAUUUACAAUUGAUUAAAAUACCUAAUAAGCAGUUAUUUUGCAAGUGAGUAUAUUUACUCUGUUAUGGAAUUGAGAUUAUGGACACUACCCUCUUUUUACCGAUGUCUGAUCAAAAAAUGAAUAAAUUAUUUCAAAGCGUAGUUGCUAUUUUGAUCAGUAAGUAAAAACUGAGGAUGGAUGCUGAAAACCAUGUUUGGUGCUCGGUAAGUUACGAUACGCGAUUCAAAGCUUCAACUGUAGGUAGGGAACAGCAAAGGUUUCGGUCACACUUUACUUGUUAUUGUCUUAGAUAUUUCGAUAUAACAGUUAGAUGUUGGGUAAUAUUAUACAGAAGAGGCCAAAAUGGAAUGUGUUACAAGUGUAGAAAUCAACCAAAAUAUCUUAAAAGUACUUGGAUAAGGCUGUAGGUUCCCGACUUGAAAUUUGUAUGGAACCCUUCAACUAACUGUUAUCCAUCGAAAGUAGAACACUUAAAUUAUCCCAACGGAAACUCCGUUGUUUCAAAAACGCUUCUGUACAUAAUUAACGGAAAUUAAUCAAUAUGUAUUAUACGGGAAAUAUUAUAAGACUUAAUAUUUUUGAAACUAUUGUAGUGUCUAUCUAUCCUUUCUUUGAGAAAGGUCGGUUUAGUAUGUUGGUAUUGUAUUGUGGUAACUGUAUGUAACGAUUCAACCGCCGAGUUCAUUUGGCAGCGAGGUGGAAUCGUCUUUAUUAAAACGGUGUAAAGUCUCUUUUGUAAUAUUAAUGCUGAAUGAAUUUUCAAUAAGUUUGAUAUAAUAAAACUGACUUUAAAAUAACUCUAAUAAAGUACAUUGUACCACGGCAGCCCUCUCGCGUGGUUCGAAUCUCGCCCGUGACUUUCGCGCUUCCCUAAUUCCCUUUACUUGGGGCUGCGGUCUGCACGCGUUAAAUUUAUCAUUAUUGUUUUGAGCAAUAAUUAUUAUUGUAGUUUAUCGAUGUGGAUACCGAGACGGUUGUCUACCAAUGAAGGCACGUAAGGAAUUAAUCGUAGAUUUUUGCGGCCACCGGCUGGCGAACAUAUUAUAGUCCUUAUCCAAAUUUAGUAUAUUCCCUAGAAGCCUAGAUUUAACCUAGUUUCGUAGCUACGAUUCUUGGCAUUUUGAUGCGUGUGUCAUUUACUUACAAUCGUAUUCCGAUUAAUGUACAAAUGUUACAAAGUAUUUAAUACUUUUGUCAAGUAAAAUGUAAAUGACACGCGGGUUUUUGCUAUUUAUUAUAAAACAUUAAAUGGCGUGGAACACAUUCCAACGUUAAUUAUACUAAUCGAAUGCAUGUUUAAUUAAAAAAAUUAAUGAUAACGAUGUAGUUCAUUUUGUUAUUAAAAUUUUAUUAUAAUAAAACGUUGGACAGUUUCCAUGCCACUAAGUGUAAAGUAUAUUCCAUUCCCUAUUGUAGAUCCUGUUGACCUUCAUAGCUAACACCACUCGUUUAGGUAGCCAACGAAUUUUAUAUAUAAAAAUAUGAUAUUGAGCACUGAAACAAAUUUAAAAUUGUGUACAUUAUAAACAAAUAAAUCGUAAAUUACAUUGGUUAUAAAUAUAACAAAUUAUUGUUAAAUGUAGAAGAAAAGACUUAUUAUAUAAAGAUGGUAAAUUAUGUAAUGUGUUACGGCGUGCGGGCGCCAAUGAGCUCAAGUGUCCACAAACUAUUCUAAAUAGUGUGUAGUAUCUAUCUUAGACAUUUUGCACCGAUAUUAUAGACUCGCACUCGCGCCGCGUGUGCUGCGCCUUCGCGUCACUCGAUAUUUGUCACGCAACUUGCGUCACGCGUAUUUAUCGAGUGACAGACGUCGGCCUGACUUUAUGUGGUUAUACCCGUAAUGGUGUGACUACACAAGGCGUACCAAAAGCGUUACAAAAUACCGUUGUAAAAUAAAUGUGUAUUCUAUUCCAUUGCUAUUAAUGUGACUGUGAAUACGCCGUGUGUAGUUGAACCGUAUUGUAUUUUAUUGAUGUGUUGUCGUUUUGGAGUUACGUGUAUGUAAAAUACCAUUUUGUUUGACGGUCAGUUGUGUUUGGAUGAACCAGAGAUUAUUAUAAACGUAAGGAGCAUCUGCAGCAUACCGCCAAAGCCUGCACUAGGGUUAUUGUAUUAUGUUAUUAAGUAUUUAUAUUGUAAGCGGCAGUAUUCUGGUACUAUUAAAGCUUUAGGUGUAUUUAGUUUAACAUUCCAACGUAUCUGAAAGCAUUGUUAUUUGUUCUGAGUGAUUUUAAAAUGCAGUGUGCUGUGGUAACUGUGAACCUCACCAUCCAAAUAUAUCAUAGUCUGGCGUCAGCCCGCUUCGCACUGAUGCUAAUAUAGUAUAUUCAUAGAUAUAGAAAUAUACCAGUAAUUAAGAAAUCUGCAAUUCAGCACUCUGCAUUAUCGUUUUAAAUGUAUCGUUGUGAAUCAGACGUUAAGUUUGAACUAUAUAAAUGAUUUAUUACCAAAAAUAUGUAUAAAGAAUCAUACUAACUGCAUGACAAGUGAAAAACAAUUACUACCUAUUUAAUGAUAACGUAAGAGGAAUUGUUAAUAUGUAACAUUCGCUGCAUUAGAACAAAAUCAUGUGUAAUGUGAUUAGUUUUUAAGUAAUUUUAGUUGAUAUUUUCUCGCAUAAACACCAGAUAUUGUAAUGGAGCAAGCAGUUGUAAUAUGUUUUGAUAGUUUUGUUGGCCGUACUUUGUGUAUGUUACUUACGAGUCCAUUGCGAAGGCUUGCGAAUCUGCCAGUGGCAGGAAACUUGGGAUACUGUACUAUUCUAUGCUUAACUGAAAAUAAAGAAAGAUUAAUCCGAAAA